AUGGUUCAAGUGUUGGUGCCAUAUCUACCUGGCGCUGCUCCAGCCACCCUUGCUGACGGGCUUUGUCGUGCUACAUUGUCAUGUGCGACGUACUCAAGCUACAGGCUGGUCGCUUUCUCCAAUAGCAUUCGCUCUAUUGCCGCCCAUGCUACUCCCUCAACCCAGGUUGAGCUUCUGCUGGUGAUGGCGAGGUUGCUGCUGUCUGUCUUGAAAUGGGGCUCUUUUCUCCUGAUAAUUUAG